GAACCGUAACAGGUGUGGUGGAAGCGGGGAGGUGUAACAGGUGUGGCAGGGGGAAGGCUGGGGUGCGGCGGAGCUGAGGGGCAGCAGGUGUGGCGGGGCACGAGGACUGGCGCCCAAAAUAUCCCCUGCUGCUGCCGGCUUUGCUGCUGAUGAUGACGACAAUUUUGUUUUUGUUAUUGUUCUUGUUACUGUCGCCGCCACCGCCGUCGUCGAUGUUCCACCCACAGAUCUUCCAGACCUGCAGCAUCAUGUAACACCACCUGAGGCAGCCUGGCCUGCCCAGAGCUCGUGCCCUCGUCUCUGUGGCGAAUAAACAUAAUCACGGCUCCUAAAGGGCGAGAUUAACGGUUGGAGGCGAGCGAGGGGAAGUGGGGCGCCUGGAGGCCGCUGGCACUCUUCUCUCUCCUCUCUCUCGUUCUUGCUCUCCCGCGCACGCGCCCCAGCGUGGUGGCGGGCUAACGCUCCCCCCUCCACCAUUUGGUGGCGCACAGUGUGCGGAGGGAGACGUGCAACUCCCGGCUCGUGCCUGAGUGUGACAGUGGCAGACGUCAUGACGAGAGCCAGACUCUGAUCUCAAAGUCAUUUCUUUUCUCCUCUUCUGUGGGCAGUGCGAGUGUGGUGAGGCGCCAUGGCUGGACCGGUAGCCAGCGGGUCGUCCCACUGGGGGAUGCGCUUGUUAGCUCUGAGUGUGUUAGUGCUUACUUUCUGCUGCCCCGUCUCUGCUGAAGAAAACUCCACUGAUCUCUUCGGAAAAUGUAUUGACGGCUUAAUUGUGCCGCUAUGGUCACCCCAGGAAAACUUGACCACAGGUGACCGCGUGGCCCGUGCCAUUGUUUACUUCGUGGCCAUGGUCUGGCUUUUCAUCGGCGUCUCCAUCAUCGCUGACCGCUUCAUGGGUUCCAUCGAGAUGAUCACCUCACAGGAGAAGGAGGUGACUGUCAAAAAGCCCAACGGUGAGACUCAGAUCAUCGUUGUACAGGUAUGGAACGAGACGGUGGCAAAUCUCACUCUCAUGGCCCUCGGCUCCUCGGCGCCCGAAAUUCUUCUCUCUGUGGUUGAAAUGUUCGCACGCAACUUCGAGGCUGGAGACCUCGGCCCCGGCACCAUCGUGGGCUCCGCUGCUUUCAACCUGUUUGUCAUCAUUGGCCUGUGCGUGUACGUGAUUCCUGACGGUGAGGUUCGUUAUAUUAAACAUCUGCGGGUCUUCUUCGUCACGGCCUUCUUCUCCAUCUUUGCUUACAUCUGGCUUUACUUGAUCCUGGCCGAGAUUUCCUACGGUGUUGUAGAGUUCUGGGAGGCCUUCCUCACCUUCAUCUUCUUCCCCAUUACUGUCGUUCUGGCUUACAUUGCCGAUCGUCGUCUACUCUUCUACAAGUACCUCACUAAGGAGUACAGAAUGAACAAGCGCGGUGUGAUCAUCGAGACCGAAGGCACAGAUGUUGAGCUCGGGAAGAAGGAAGAGGGAGGUCCACUCUAUGAUGACAAUGUGGACGAGACCGUGAAGGAGUUUGAGGAGCAUCGUAGGGAGUACAUGUCGGUAAUUCGCGAGCUGCGCGUCAAGCACCCUGACAUCAACAUGGACAACCUGGAGUCCAUGGCUCGCGAGGAGAUCAUCAACCGAGGUCCCAAGUCUCGUGCCUUCUACCGUAUUCAGGCCACCCGCAAACUUACUGGAGGCGGCAACAUCAUGAAGAAGGCUCGAGAGGAAGUGAAGCACGAGGAGAAGGAAGAAGAGGAUGAAAAGAAAGACGAUGAUACCAUUAGAAUCAUGUUCGACCCCGGCCACUACACUGUUAUGGAGAACGUGGGCACCUUUGAGGUGACUGUGGCUCGUGAAGGUGGCGAUCUCAACACUACAGUCAUCGUCGAUUACAAGACAGAGGACGGCACUGCCAACGCCGGCGGCGAUUACGUGGCUGCGGAAGGCUCCUUAGUAUUCCUGCCUGGAGAGACCUCGAAGACCUUCAAUCUUGAGGUUAUUGACGAUGAAGUCUUUGAGGAGGACGAACAUUUCUACGUGCGGUUGUCCAACAUGAGACUGGGGUCUCCUGAUGGCACAGCAGUGACCCACGCUGUCAACGGCGCAGCAGGACACCCCAACAAGCCUGUCAAGAUGGAAUUGGCAGCGCCCUACGUGGCCACAAUCAUGAUUCUCGACGACGAUCACGGCGGUAUCUUCAACGUGGGGGAGAAGGACGUGGAAAUUGUGGAGAGCAUCGGAACCUACGAGCUGAAGGUGGUGCGUUGGUCCGGAGCACGCGGCCGCGUGGUGGUGCCCUACAAGACUGAAGAUGGCACGGCCAAGGCGGGCAAGGACUACGAUGAAGCAGAGGGCGAGCUGAUCUUUGAGAACAACGAGACUGAGAAGUUCAUCGAGAUCAAGAUUAUAGAGGAAGACAGCUACGAGAAGGACGUCCUCUUCUACGUUGACAUCGGAGAGCCCGUCGCCAGCGGAGAUGAUGACGACUUAGGCUUCGAGUUCGCCAACAAGGAUAGUGAACUGACUGAAGAUGAGAAGAUCGCGCUGCUCGGGAAACCCAAGCUGGGCAACGCCACCCGCACCCAGAUCAGGAUCAAGGAGAACAAGGAAUACCGGAACCUGGUGGACAAACUGGUGAAGAAGGCUAACGCUUCCAUGCUGGUUGGCUCCUCGUCCUGGAAGGAGCAGUUCACUGAAGCUAUCACCGUGCAGGCCGGCGAAGAAGGGGACGACGAAGAAGGCGGCGAGGAAGUCCUGCCCUCCUGCAUGGAUUAUGUUAUGCACUUCAUCACUGUCUUCUGGAAGGUGUUGUUUGCCUUCGUGCCUCCCACAGAUUAUGCCUACGGAUGGAUCACUUUCUGGAUUUCGAUAUUUCUCAUUGGUAUUGUCACCGCAUGUAUUGGUGACAUCGCCUCCCACCUGGGCUGCACUAUCAGCCUCAAGGAUAGUGUGACUGCAAUAGCCAUCGUAGCCCUGGGAACUAGUGUGCCAGAUACGUUCGCUUCCAAGGUGGCGGCCCAGCAAGACCCUUACGCUGACGCCUCUGUCGGCAAUGUCACAGGAUCCAACGCCGUCAACGUCUUCCUGGGCAUUGGCAUCGCGUGGACCAUGGCCGCGAUCUACCACAACGUGCAGGGCCGUAACUUCGAGGUGCUGCCCGGAAACUUGGCAUUUUCGGUGACGCUGUUCUGCGCGGAGGCAUUGGUGGCCAUCCUCGUGAUGAUGGUUCGGCGACACCCCAAAAUUGGCGGUGAGCUGGGCGGUCCCAAGGUGCCAAAGCUAGUCACUUCCUUCUUCCUGGUCUUCCUGUGGAUAUUCUACGUCCUCAUGUCCACCUUGGAGGCCUACGGCUUCAUCCCCUCAAUUUCUACCACCAAAUAAGAAUGCUCGCUCAGCCCUCACUUGUUGCACCGUGGUUGCUGGCGGUCGAGGGCCGGAGACCGCCGCCUCACCAACGCCAAUAGCGCCAAACUUGCAUCUCGUCUUUGCACAAACUUAGUUCAGCGACAGUGAGAGAGUGGUGCUCCAGCCACUACCGUCGUCUACAACUGUGGCCUAGCCGUGAUGGUGGCACCUCUGGCAGAGAGCGGCUGCCUGGCCACGCCCCGGCCACUCUAUAACCCAUUUCCGCCGGCGGCGACGUCAGCUGAAGCCGGUGGCUACACCAGACCUCCCGGCGGCUACUCCAAGUUUUUGGCAGGAUCAGACAGAGAAACAUCUACCCUCAUUCCUUGUAUGUUUAAGUUAAUAUGUUUCUUUCGGCAGCACAUGGACAAGUGUUUUCACCGAGUUAUUACUGUGUGCUCUCCUUCCCUCCCCGACAUCCCCUGCUGUGUCGUCUUGUUAACACACAUUGUCUCGCUUAGUUGACACACCACCACUGGUACUGCUAGUUUUAUUGUUUGACACUACCCAUCCCCAGCCUUCACAACCACCACCACCACCACCACACCACCACCAUGACCAUCCCCCACACUUUACCGCACCGUCACCACCACCACCACUACCAUAACCAUACAGCCGCCGUAGGAUUGUAAGUCAAGAUCAUGGAGUACAAGAAAGCCGGUCAGUAGUUUGCGCAUAAUAACAAUUUGAAGCAGAUGAAAAGUGUGUACUAAUCAAAAUAUCUGGAAAAAGUUAAACCAUUCAGAAGAGUGCCUUCAUAUCUCAAAACAUUCAUUAUUGUAACCUUUGGGGUCCACUAGUCUCGCUUUUCAGUUUCUAGAGACCUGACACGGAAACCCACAGGCCAGAACACAGUGGACCACUCCUGUGUUUGGAAAAAUGAAAAAAAAAAAAAAAAAACGAAUAACAAUGUACUAGUUACUAUUACCAAUAUUGCUAUUACUACUACUGCUACUACUAUUUGUACCAUAAUUACUAGUCACUACUGCUGCUGCUGCCACUACUAUUUCUACUACUACUACUACUACUACUACUACUACUACUACUACUACUACGGUCAUCAGUUACAGACUACUCACAGGAAGAGUUGUUCCCAGUCAUCCACCAUCACAUUUGUUAUUCAUUACACCCUCCAUCAUCACCCUUAAAAAGCGUGUUAUUAUCAUAAUUGUUAUAGGUAUGCUCUCUCUCUCUCUCUCUCUCUCUCUCUCUCUCUCUCUCUCUCUCAUAUGUAUAUAGCCAAUAUACAUAUAGAUAGCUAAAUGGAUAGGUUUUUUCUCUUCAUCUAUAUCUUUCGCUUUUUUAUUCUUUUUUUUUUGUUCCUCUGUCUCUUUCCCUCUUUCUCUUACCAUAGAAGAAAAAAAAAAAAAAAAUCGAAGAACGCCAUUUUCGUUGGGAGUGUUACAUGUUUUAUGUUCGAUAAAAAAAUGUUGAAUGUUACUCUAUUAUUAUUGAUAAGGUCCACAACCUUUGGGUAAAACGAUAGAGCAAUCAACACUGGGUAUUCUAGGAACGUGAAAUGUUGAAAUGUUGAAAUCAAUUACUACUUCUCGUUUCCUUCUGUAUAUGUGUAUGUAUGUACGUCGCUCUCUCUCUCUCUCUCUCUCUCUCUCUCUCUCUCUCUCUCUCUCUCUCUCUCUCUCUCUCUCUCUCUCUCUCUCUCUCUCUCUCUCUCUCUCUUUUACCCCAUAUUAAAUAAAUGGGACAAGUAUUAGUUCACCUCUUUGGUCUCUGUAAGUCUGUAUAUACUCUUCAGAACUUGCUCUGUAAAUAGAUUGUUGUAUAAAAAUAGUUUCGUGAACGACCGUAGUCAGUUUUAUACGCGAACCGGAAUCUUUCAAACGUUGGUAUCAAAGAAACACAUAAACUCUUGCCAGUCGAGAGUUUUUGCCGGUGGCGUCAACACCAUCACUCAUCUAUACGUACUACUAUGUCUCACUCACUCGCUCGUAACUCCGGAGCGAAAGCAAGCUAAAAGACAACCAAGCCUCCCUUAUUCUGCGCUCUCUCUCUCUCUCUCUCUCUCUCUCUCUCUCUCUCUCUCUCUCUCUCUCUCUCUCUCUCUCUCUCUCUCGUCGCCACCCACACUCAGGAUCUAAUAUGGUACCUCUCUCUCUCUCUCUCUCUCUCUCUCUCUCUCUCUCUCUCUCUCUCUCUCUCUCUCUCUCUCUCUCUGCUGCCACCGUCUUCACAUGUCCCGCUCGCGAGGUGUUUGACAGGAGGUAUCUCAAGUAUCCGAUGUUCACUUGACAGCCAUAAUUUUCUGGAACAAAUGUAAAUGUUUGUGAAGGAGUUUUCACCCACGUGGCUUCCACCUCCCGGAGGCCGAGUCCAGGAGUUCCGCCGCUGCUCUGACGCGGGCAAGGACGAGGCGACACUAUGCCGACAUAGGGAGUAGUUCUUGGACAUCGUGUUCUCAUUUUUUUUUUUUUUUGUAACCUAGUUAAUCAUAGACUAUGGCCUCCACCAGGUGCAGCUGACACACCUGACGUUCAGCAGCAUAAUAUUUCUGAACCUUUAUUUUUGUUGUUGUGUUCAGAGGUUCUUUUUUCUCUCUUUUUGUUGCUCAGGCCCGUGUUGGCUGCACACUCCAGCCAAAGUAUUAAGUCUCGUAACCUUAAAAUAAAAAAAAAAGUUAGUCCUUUUUCAAAAGAAAAAGUGCCAACCUUAGCGUGGGGGAUACGUCGUCAGAGCAAAAAGGAUGCGACGAGCAGGAUGAGCUUGUCAUGUCGGGGUGCGAGACGUCUUCAAUAGGUACCACUCCACUUGGGAACCUCGCCGCGGCCCAUCUUAGCCAGGUUGCGGCAUCUCAGCGCCGUUUUUCAUUAGUCUACCAUGAACAACUGACAUGCAUUUUUCCUCAUCUAUGUAUUCUCCUUGCGUUUCUUAAAGUUAGCAAUAAAAAGGGUAUAACAAAA